AUGGAUCAACAUGCAUGCUCUGGCUCUUGGCAGGAAUUGGAGUUUCUUCUCAACAGGGGAAUAGAUCGAGUGCAACCUUCCAUUAUGCCUAGUCAAGCAUUCCUUGACCUGGUUAUGGCCUACGGCUCCGAGAGCUGCAUCAACAAAAGCGCGUCGACGCAGCAAGUUUCGGAUGAUAUCGAAGCAUUUCUCAACCUGCCUUCAACUCUGGUGUCACUCCUGGAUGGGGUCACCACUGACGGGGGCACUGUACUCCAUGUGGUGGCCACCUAUGGUGACAGUGAUGGCUUCUUGAGGAGUGUUGACAUCAUCCAUAGCAGGGCAAAACACCUCCUGUUUGCGCAAAACAAGAACGGCGACACGCCCUUGCACUGUGCUGCAAGAGCUGGGAUGUUCCGGAUGGUCUCUCAUCUCAUUAGUUUGGCCAGAGAUGAGAGUACGAGUGUUAACAGAGUGAAGGAAUUCCUGGAAAUGGAGAACAAGCUUAAGGAGACAGCAUUGCAUCACGCAGUCCAUAUUGGGGAUAAUGGCAUAGUCAAGCUGCUAAUGGAGGCAAACUCGGAGUUGGCCAGUUUUCCGAAAUCCGGCACUUCACCUCUGUACCUAGCCAUGUUGCUGGAAGAGGACAUCAUUGCUGAGACACUUUAUAGUGCAAGCAACAUGAAGCUUUCCUACUCUGGGCCUAAUGGACAGAAAGAGCUUACGAAAAAGAUCUUGGAAUGGAACAGUGAUCUCACUGCACAAACGGAUGAAAGCGGGAGUACACCUCUCCAUUUCGCUGCAGCUAUGGUAGGGCAAAGUCUCCGAGGAAGUGUAUGUUGCCAAGUAUUGGAAGCUAACUCAGCUACAUUGUAUCAAUCGGACCACAAUGGAUUAUUUCCAAUACAUGUCGCUGCCUCUGUUGGUGAAAGAGGGACAGUCAUCAUGUUUAUUAACAGGUCCCCAACCAGCGCCAGUUUGCGUGACAGUAUGGGAAGGACAUUCCUUCAUGUAGCUGCUGAGAAAAAGAAAGUUGGGAUAGAUAAUGAUGGAAACACUGCACUACACCUAGCUAUCCAGACAGGGAGUCUUCCAAUGUUUUGUGCUUUGUUAGGUAAUCGGCAAAUACGUUUAAACUUAUCAAAUAAGAAACGACAAACUGCUCUAGAUACGUCGCAGUAUAAGAUCCCCUCGGGAUUUUUUGAUGAUCAGAACAGUGAAGCCAGGAUACACUUUGCACUUAAAGUCAUUAGUGCUAGGAGUGGUGGCUGUCGCCGGGAUCACUUUGAAGAUAACUACAAUGACCAGUUAAAACAUUAUGAAAAAGAAGAAUUAGCAAAGUGUUGUGUCCCGAUGUACCUUUUUGUUCAAGAGUUUGUGCUCAUAAUCAUGUAA